AUGGUUACAGGCAUCGAGACUGCUAGUCUUGCGCUAGCAAUAUUCCCGCUCGUCAUAGAAGGCCUCAAAUCUUAUUCAAACGGUGCCAGAACGAUCAAGGAUAUGUGGCGCUCUCAAGUGACCUUGAAGUCUCUGAUAAGAGAGCUCAGAAUGGAGAAAUGCAAAUUUGAGAACACCCUCACAUCUCUUCUCGAAGGCGUCGCCUCAGAUCAGCCAAAUCUCCUGUUUUUAAUGAAUGAUCCGGAGUGUAAAUUCUGGUGCACGAAAGACUUCCAAGAAACCCUGAAAUCUCGACUUCGUCCUGAUAUGGUCGAAGUGUAUAUAGAGGCCAUGGAAGAGCUUUAUUCUGCGCUUGAAAGCUUGACUAAUAAGUUUGCGCUUGGAAGUGAAUGUGAACCUGAUGACAAAACUGCUUUGAAAAGAAAGUGGAAGAUGAUUCGACUUGUUCUUUCGAAAGCAGAGUACAAAGAACAACUGAAUCAAAUUUCCAAAAUUAAUACUGACCUCCAGACCCUUACUGGACAAACGAACGUUUCUGAUACUACAUUUUCCAACACUACCAUAGCCCAGGCGACUACAUCUGUAAAGAACUACAAGCGUAUACGGGACCAUGCGAUGAGCCUUCAUAGGGUCCUCAAAGAAAACCUCCAGCCUGUAGCACCAUUUUGCCAAUGCUCAACUCUCCACAAUGCGAACUUGCAAUUAGAAAUGAGAAACGCAACGCUCAGACAGAAAGGAUUUGGACAUAGUACAUCCAUACGAUUCCAUGUCGUAAUAUCUUUUGAAAGAGCUGCCGGUACAGGAAUACCUCUACUUCGUUCUUGGCGGGAUUUAGAGCUCGAGCCUGUGGAUAAUGAUAGGGAGGACAGAGAAUCCUUGGCGAGCGAACAGGCGGGAAAGAUCGAUAGCUCUAGCUCUGGUGGGACUAGGGGUGCAGGUUUUCACUCACAUGUGAUACCCCCUUCCCCAUCGGUGGCCGCAGAGGGGAAUAAGAAACACGGGAAAUCACGUUUUAUAUGGAAUACUAAGAGCGGGGCAGGGGUAAAUUCCCCCCCCCAAGAAGAUGAAAUGUUGAGUAAAACAUCCAGCCUUCCUGAGCCACAUAACACUAUACAACGUACACGUGCCUCUACAAAGGCUUCGCUCAAAUCAUCUUUCCUAAAACAUUUCAGCCUUCCUGAGCCACGCAACCCUAUACAACAUACACAUGCCACUACAAAGGCUCCACCUAAAUCAUCUUUGCAGAUACCAAGAAGUGAGAGUAGGCCUACAACGCCCAGAAAAGUCUCUUUCGCCGUCUCAUCCACCCCCCCAAUCUCUGUGGUGUCCAGAACACCUUCCAACCAAAUCAAACACUUAUGCUCAAUCAUACAGCAAGCAGAGAGUGAUCAGUCUUGUCUUGGUGUCCUUGCAGAUAAGAGCGGGCAGUAUCUUGUCUGGCCGCUUAUGUCAUCCUCGCCGCCUGAAUCGACUGACCUCAUAUCUCUUCACAACCUUCUUGAUGAGGGCAAAAUGCCGGCAAAAAGGGAUACGUUAAUUCUGGGAGUACAACUUGCUUCAACGGUUUUGCAGUUGCACAAAACCGGAUGGUUGGCCGAGGACUGGAGUAGUAGGGACAUAUUCUUUCACCAGAUUAACACUGAAGGCCUAGGAGGAGUACCAGAUUUCAAAAAGCCUUUCGUCCGGCAAUCGCCGGACUUAGACCCGAGUUUACAGCAAACACAAAGUAAAGAAGAGACUACAAAAUCCGCCCUUAUACCUCACGACCGGAGCCUCUUUUCCUUAGGCAUUGUUCUCAUAGAAAUUUGGCACGGUUUUCUCUUAGAGAAGCUUCAAAUUCGAACGGACGGGGAUGAGUCCGGUUUCAAUACAAAUUACAUGACUGCAAUGCGAUUAAUUGGGGAAAUAUCGUCGAAUGCUGGUGCAAAAUAUGGUGACGCCGUGAGACGGUGUAUUCAAGGCCUUGAUCACAGAUCUGGAAGCUUAGACGUGGAUGAUUUCAAAACCGAAGUCCACAUGAAAGUGGUCGCCCCGUUGAUAGAUAACUUGAAACAUUUUUGCGACGAGGAUAUCACGAGUUUGUUCGAGUUCAAUGUUUUGUGGAGAUGGGGUUUGCAAACCUUUGUGUAUUGUUAUAUGUUGGGAUUGUCAAUUUCACUGAAUCUAUUGCACUACUCUAUUUUUCAAAAGGUACCAUACGGGGAGUGA